AAAACCACAGCGGUGAACUUUCCUGAUAUCAUCGAGAAUUCCUGCUCCCAGCAGGAAGAGACCAAACCCAAUUUCAGAGACAGCAAAUAUAGACUUCUUAUGAGCCAGGUGGCCUACUUGCGGAACUACCAGCUGAAGACAUACAAAGAUCGAAAAGAUCAUGAUGAAGAACAGAUAUACAGAGACAGCAAAAAUAAACUUCUUAUGAGUCAAGUGGCCUACUACCUGGGCUGCCGGCUGAAGACGGAAGUCCCUGGCUUUCUGUGUCGUGCCCGAAACGUCAACAUGGUGGCAUCUGGCAGGCCUUCUUCCAGAAAAAACACAGAGGUGAACAUUCCAGAAGGCAUUGAGAAAUCCUGCUCCCAACAGGAAGAAAACAAACCGAAUGUCGGAGCCAACAAAAAUAGACUUCUUCUGAGCCAGGUGGCCUACUUCCUGAACUACCGGGAGAAGACAUACAAAGAUCGAAAAGAUCAUGAUGAAGAACAGAAAUGCAGAGAUGGCAAAAAUAAACUUCUUAUGAGUCAAGUGGCCUACUACCUCGGCUGCCGGCUGAAGACAGAAGUCCCUGGCUUUCUGUGUCGUGCCCGAAAUGUCAAUAUGGUGGCACCUGGCAGGCCUCCUUCCAGAAAAAACACAGAGGUGAACAUUCCAGAAGGCAUUGAGAAAUCCUGCUCCCAGCAGGAAGAAAACAAACCAAAUUUCAGAGCCAACAAAAAUAGACUUCUUAUGAGUCAGGUGGCCUACUUCCUGAACUACCGGGAGAAGACAUACAAAGAUCGAAAAGAACAUGAUGAAGAACAGAAAUGUAGAGACAACAAAAAUAAACUUCUUAUGAGUCAAGUGGCCUACUACCUGGGCUGCCGGCUGAAAACGGAAGUCCCUGGCUUUCUGUGUUCUGCCCCAAACAUCAGCAAGGUGGCAUCUGGCAGGCCUUCUACCAGAAAAAACACAGAGGUGAACAUUCCAGAAGGCAUUGAGAAAUCCUGCUCCCAGCAGGAAGAUAACAAACCGAAUGUCGGAGUCAGCAAAAAUAGAUGUCCUAUGAGUCAGGUGAACUACUCCCUGAACUACCGGCUGAAGACAUACAAUGAUCAAAAUGAUCAUGAUGAAGAACAGAAAUACAGAGAGAGCAAAAAUAAACAUCUUACAAGUCAAGCGGCCUACUACCUAGGCUGCCGGCUGAAGACGGAAGGUAAGUUCUAUUUGUUCACCAUCACGGAGGUGAUGAACGAGGUCCUGUCUUUAUUCUGA